CCCUGUGAUGCUCAGUAAUGCUGAGAGUUAAUGCUAUUCAUUACUGUGUGUAUGUGGUCAUUGGUAUGAUAUACUGUGAUGUGUUAGCCACGCAGGUAAAGGUCCUCAAUUCUUUUCUUAGAAUUAGCUGAUAUUUCAGCUUCUCAGCACACACUUGCAAUGUCAUGUUUGGUUAAGUGUUGUAUAGUUCAUCAUUCAUCACAGUUGUUUCAUUAUAAUUUGAUUGAUAGUACAUGUAUUACUAACUUGAACAGCACUUUAUGCAGAGUGACUCUCCUGACGGGAAGGCUCCUGUUUCUCCUCCUGCAUUGGCUCCUCCUCCUCCCUGUCCUGCCACUGAAUGGGUCCUUUGUGGGGGUUUCCUCAGCAUUCCAAAGGGAAUACCUGCAGCAACUCCCAAGAGUGUGAUCACCAGAGCAAGAGAAGAGGGAGGGCAGGAUCCUCGUUUUCCACCCAGCAUGUUGCACACAGUCACCGAGUGGCUGUGGUGGGAGCGUCUGUGGCUGCCAGGGAAUGUCUCAUGGGCGGACUUGGAGGAUGGCGAAGGUCGUGUCUACGCCAAAGCCUCGCAACUUUAUGCUGUGCUGCCGUACGCGCUCUGCCUUCUCUUGGUCAGGUUCCUCUUUGAGAGAUUGGUGGCCUCGCCGCUAGCCAGUGUUUGGGGAGUUAAAGACAGAAUACGUCACACUGUUGAACAAAACGCCAUCCUAGAGAACUACUUUUGCAAACAAGCGCACGUUCUGUCACCGGCUGACGUGAGGGCUCUGUGUAAGAAGACCAGCUGGCCUGAGCGGAAAGUUCAAGUCUGGUUCAGGAGAAGGCGGAACCAGGAACGCCCAGGACUCCGCAAAAGAUUCUCUGAGGCCAGUUGGAGAUGCGUGUUCUAUUUUUUUGCAUUUGUUGGCGGAAUCCUCGCCCUCUAUGAUAAACCCUGGUUUUACAAUAUAAAAGAGGUGUGGGCAGGUUUCCCCAAACAGUCCCUGCUGCAAUCUCAGUACUGGUAUUACUUCCUGGAAAUGGGUUUCUACCUCUCGCUUCUCCUGAGCCUCACAUUUGACGUGAAACGAAAGGACUUCAAAGAGCAGGUGAUCCAUCACAUCGCCACACUAACUCUCCUGGCUUUCUCCUGGAUCUCCAACUAUAUCCGUGUGGGCACCAUUGUGAUGGCACUGCAUGACUCUGCUGACAUCCUGCUAGAGGGCGCAAAGGUGCUCAACUAUGCAAAGUGGCAUCAGACUGCUAACGCUAUGUUUGUGGUCUUCACCCUCCUCUUCACGCUGACCAGACUUGUGCUUUUUCCUUUCUGGGUGAUUCACUGUACAUGGGUGUAUCCACUGGAGAGGUUCGCUCCCUUCUUUGGCUACUAUUUCUUCAACGUCAUGUUGAUAGUGCUCCUCAUGCUUCACCUCUACUGGGCCAUCCUCAUAUUUAAAAUGCUCUACAAGUGUAUCUUCACCAAGCUGGAAGGUGAUGACAGGAGCGACGAAGAGGAGGACGACAGCGAUUCGCCAAAGGAGAAAAGCUACAGACGGAGUCAUCUCAACGGUGCAGGGGCCAGAGGCCGGGCCAACGGUCAUUGAUGACCUAAACUGUAACUCUUGGACGGAAUCCCACUAGACUCUCUGGAAUGUGUUUGUACAGGAAACAAAUAUUAUUUUUAAAAGAACUGAAGGAUGAGCCAUGACCUGAUAUGAAGCAACAUGCAGACCUUUUGAGUAUGACAGACAAACUUGGUCAUUGAGAUUCAGAAAAAAAAGUGGUAAGGUUACAAUGGUGCAAAAAACACCUAUGCGUUCUAAAGAUAUGGAAAUAGAUCAAAAGAGACAGCUCAUUGGUGCACGUAAUGGAAUACACCUAUUCUCCCUACAAAGACCACUGUUAAAACACCUCCAAAAACCUCCAACAAGUUUUUAUGGUUUAAUAUCCAUGCUGUAACCGUGUAGUAACAGGUACAUUCAUGAUAACAUGUAAUACUUACAGUAUUUUGGUCCUUUUAAGCGUUACCGGAACUUGUGAGCAUUGAUUUCACGUAGCAAUAUAUAAACAAACGCUACACCAAGCAUUAACUUUUCCAAACUCAAAAACAAAAACACAGCAGCAGUGAGCGACAGCUCCAAUAUGUAGCGUAGUGGCCUGAGGCAUUGGGAACGCAGCGCUCUUAGCAAGUGUGUGGUGAAGCUAGUCGCUAGCCGGCUAGUAGCUAGCAGGUGUGGUGUGGCAAGGUGUCAAUCCGCCAGUAACGUAGUUCGAUUGGCGUAACAAUGUUAAUAAUAAUAAUAAUAAUAAAUGUCAUUGUAGCUUGGUUAAUAUGCAUGUCACAUUAUAUGUAAAUGGAGUGUUGUUGGCGCUUUUUGGAGGGUUUUUGUUUUUUCAGAAAGCUUAAUAGGUGGAAUAAGUGUUUCCCAUUCUUUACAUGCAUUCUUAGCUACCGGUAAGUAUCUUUUUUUAAUAUCUUUAGAAUGCACAGAAAAGAGAAAGACGCGUGUUCGUGUCACACAGGAUUGUGGAUGAUGGGCAAAAUUCCAAAAAACGUACAGUUUUCCUUUAACGUGCUGUCUGUCCGACACACAGCGAAAGCUGUCGUUGUGUUGCAUAUGAGAAUUCCGCCCACAAUGAAGACUACCAGGCACAGUAUGACGGUGCUGGUUAGGCAGAGGGGUGUUCUAAAGAAGAAGUAAUCUCAUUAUUAUUCAACUUACCUACAGAGUGACUCGCUUGAUUUUUAACUUUCUGUUUGACUUCUCAUCCAGGUCCCCGUGCAAAUGCUCUGAUAUACUCCCCAGAUAUAACAUGUACUGAAAAGCUUUAAACACACUUCCUAUAAAAAUCAUUUUUGAAUUUGUGGAUAAAGAGAAUAUUGUUGCUGAACUGUUAUGUAUGCACUCCCUCAAAUGCAAACUGCACUUUAAUGUCUUUUCAUUAAAGGGACAGUUUGUAACUGGCUCAAAAUGACACCGCCAGCACAUCA